AUGAUUCGACAAAUUACUAUUCAAAAUAAGUCAAUUGAUCAAAUUAAACGUAGGUUAACAACCAAAAAUUCAUCCUUGACAGAAAAUUUUGACACGAAAUUUAGACAUUGUAAUAAUAUAGCACAACUCAAGAAUUUAGUAAAUCGACUUUUUUACAAACACCAUGUACCACAUCAACAUAGUAUAGUCGCAGCACUUAAAGCAUGCACUAGAUUAAUAGAUGAAAUCGAAACAAAUAAGCAUAAACAAACAACGAUAAAUUCUAAUGAUGAAGAGAUGAUUUUAAUAAGUUCAAUUAAUGAAGAUUUAAAAAAUUAUUGGAUAGAAAUUCCCGAGGAAUCUAAUUAUACAGUUGAAGAAAUUUUGGAAGUAGCCAUUAAAAUUUUUGAGAGGAUACCUUCAAGUAAUAAAACUACAAGAGUUUACAACGCAUACAUUAAUGUAUUUGGUAGUGCCAAACGAACGGAUUUAGCAUACGCGGUUUAUAAUG